AAUCCCCUUAGAGGAAAUGUAGUCACAGACGCACGCAGGGCUUUUCGCUCGCUCGCUUUCCGGACGAAUCCACUUUAUUCUCUUUUAGGCAAUAACAACAACUCUUCAUCAGAAAUGAAAGUCUCCAGCAUAGACUGCCGGCGGCUGAGGAAAAUCAUCAGGAAGGAGUGCGGAAGCUGCCUUAUUGUGGAUUGUCGACCUUAUUUCUCCUUCACGAACUCCAGUAUUAAAGGUUCUGUCAACGUCAACCUGAACUCUGUGGUGGUCCGGAGGUCCCGGGGCGGACCGGUGCCUCUGCAGUUCGUCAUCCCGGAUGAGAAAGCCCUGUAUCGGCUCAAGGAAGGGAGCAUAUCGGCCAUUGUAGCGCUUGAUGAUCGGACGUCCCACUGGCAGAAACUGAAAAAGGACAGUGUAGCGCAAAUAGUCAUCAACACCUUGUCACAUCUGGCGAGCGGGACAAGCAUCUGUUUCCUCAAAGGAGGAUACGAAAACUUCCACUCUCAAUACCCUGAACUUUGCACUGAGGUGAAAACCACUGACCAGAGCGGAACUGAAACCGAGAAAAGAGUCAACAGCGACAAGCUUUCUCACCACAAACCAGAUUACGAUCAGGGUAAACCUGUAGAGAUCCUGCCUUUCCUCUACCUCGGUAGUGCCUACCACGCCUCUAGACAGGACUAUCUCAGUGACCUUCACAUCACGGCCUUGCUCAACGUGUCACGCAGGGACCUGCAGCCGGCCAAGGGCCACUUUGAUUACAAGUGGAUCCCGGUGGAGGACAGCCACAUGGCCGACAUCAGCUCUCACUUCCAGGAGGCCAUUGAAUUUAUAGAUCACAUAAAGCAAUCCGGAGGGAAGGUUCUGGUGCACUGCGAAGCCGGCAUCUCACGCUCACCCACCAUCUGCAUGGCUUACAUCAUGAGGACCCAGCAGCUGCGUCUAGACGAAGCCUUUGACAUCAUCAAGCAGCGUCGGGCGGUCGUUUCGCCGAACUUCAGCUUCAUGGGCCAGCUGCUGCAGUUUGAGUCUGAGGUCCUGUCCAAUGCCCCAGCUCUCGCUGUCACACCCGAACCAGCCACUCCUUGUGUUCCGGAGUCUGCCUCGUUUUUCGCCAGUGACUUUUCCACCACCUUCAGCACCAAAAACUUUGAGCCGCCCGUGUUCACCCUCCCUACCUCUUGCCUGCAGUCCCCGGUCCACCACCAGUUGAAACUGAGCCCAAUAACUGCACUGCCUUAAAAAAUGAACCGUGACUGCUUGUAGUCUUACUUGAAGAUUUAAAAUAAAAAAAAUUUUAAAAAAUGAUGCUCUCUCUGUGCCUGGUGUUGAAACUGGCACUGCAGAAAGGACUGGAGAUCAGCAGCAGGAGUAGUGAAGAGUCUUCACCCCACAUAACUUGAAGCCUGUUAUAUGUUUGGGUUGCAGAAAUCAAUGCUGGUUCCUCGUCUUCUGAACUGCAGCUCUGAAACAACACAGCACAGUGGUAAACUGCAAUAUACAUGCCUUAGGUUAUCAUUGCAAUUGAUUCACCUAUUCACAAACACAGGCAGGCAUUUAAACCUAAUUUAUUUGAAAAUGAUAUUCUGUUAUUUUUUCCAAUAAUGUGUAAAUUAAUGUGUUUAAUAAAUGUUUUCAUCACUAAAAAUGGUCAA